AUGUCCCGUGGUACUUGUAAGCUUCCCAGUGGAGGAGGCUAUGACGUUAUAAGAAUAGACGACUUGCGCUGCCGCACAGAGGCAGGCUUGCUUCAAGACGAGAUAGGACAAAAACAGGAGGUCAUCAUCAGUCUUCGCCUGGGGUGCGAUGUCCGCGAAGCAGGAAAAAGCGAUGACGUCAGAGAUUCCGUGAACUACAGUGAUGUUUCGAAAGACGUCAUCAAUUACGUGGAGUCAACGUCUUUUAACUUGGUGGAGAAACUGGCAACGGAUGUGGCCAGGAUCUGUAUCGCUUUAUACAAGGUGCCAUGGGUCCAAGUCCUAGUCCACAAGCCACUGGUAGCGCGUUUCUGUAACUCUGUCGGUGUCCAGAUAGAGAGAACGCCGGACGAUUUCAACGACAGCGUGGUCUAUCUCUCCCUCGGCUCUAACAUCCACCCUAGGAAGAACCUGAAAGACGCCAUCGCCUUCUUGAAGAAGAAAGUCUUGGUGCUCAAGAUGUCUUCACCAUUUCUCACCCCGCCUCAGCUGCAAACAAACCAGCCGGAUAUCGUCAACAUGGCGGUCCAAAUCCUGACGGAAAUGGCGCCAACACAACUGAAAACCUUCACGUUGGGAAUAGAAAAGGAGCUUCUACGCGUGCGAGACCCCAACAACAAACACGGCCCCUGUACAAUCGACAUCGACAUCUCUCUCUGGGGGUCAGAAGUUUUGGAAUACGGCGUUAUCGAUAUCGAUAAAGAAGAGGCCAAUCACAGCUCGCCUUACGGCCACGUCAUCAGAACGAAGAACGUGCCCGACCCAGACGUUCUCCGGUUUGCUCAUGUGGCCGUGCCAUUGGCUGAGAUCUCUCCACACCUGAUUCAUCCAACCAAUGGCAGCACGCUAUCCUCCAUAGCCACGGACAUAACGGGCCGCGAGGAUUAUGCUAAUACAUUCCCCAUCGUGGAACUCUUCCGUUAGAUAGGCAACUGAUUUUGUGGAUGACAUGUUACAAAUAACCUCUACCAGGCUUCAGGAAGGGGUUGGAAAGAGUUGCUGUAAAAAUUUGGUCAAUAAAGAUAACAUGCCAGGGGAGUGGGCCUACCAAAGAGACCGGCUAACUGUUCUCUUAGCGCGGAGCAACUCCUUGGCAUAUCAUCUGUCUAUUUGACGAAUUUCUACUUUCCAACCGCUUCCCAAAGCCUAGUAGAGGCUAGAUGAUUCGUCAAAGCUAGUAGUGUAGACCUAUUGGGAAAGGUUGCAGUGAGAUGCGUAGAUUACUCAACGCUGCAAUAUAGCUUUGGGCACUAGGUGAUGUUAAUGGCUGAUCAUGAAUUUAAGGUGUUCAGAGUAAAUCAAAGGUUUUACUUUUCGGUAAUUAAUGGGACGAGUGUAAUGCAAACUUCGAUUCUUGUGAAUUCAUAAAAAACUGAAACCAGAAAGUUGGGAUAACUAUUGUUUUGUACAAUAUUCUAUACAAGAACACUUCAGA